CAAGCACGAGCUCGUCUAGUUGCUUCAAUUUCUGACUUUGCUGCAAAGAUUGUAUCUUGUAUGUGUAAAACCAAAUAGCGUUAAUAUAAUAGUAUUUAAUUCCUGCUUCACUCCAGAAUUGGUUUCAGCGCCGCCAGAUAAUUGACACAAGCGGCCGAAACCCAGGCUUGCUUUUAGUGCUGGGCGGCUGUGCCGACUAUGGCGAAGCUGCAACGUCGACCAGCCGCUAAAAGGCUUGGUCCUUCAGAAGCCCGCAAGUUACGGGUUGAAGAUUCUCCAGACAGCGACAGUGAUGAAGAUGCAUUUAAAGGCAAAAAGGAUAAGAUAAGCUUGAAUAUGUCAGACGACGAUGAUAUGGAUGAUGACGAUGGCCUAGACGUCGAGGGUGUCUACAACUUGGAUGACAGUGGCGAAGACGAGGAGGAGGAUGAGGACGAAGAGGAGGACGACGAUGAAGAUGACGAAGAAGCUAUCAUCCAGGACGCUCUGAAGCGUGGCGGACGAAUAGCCGAACUUGCCAAGCAAGCUAAGGCGCUGGGCCAGAAACUCAAGCUCCAACGGGGCGAAGAGGAUGAGGAUGAUGAGGAAGACGGCAGGGCCGGAAAGCGAGAGGGGGAAGGAAACGACCAGGGCGAGCGGCUUUGGGGUGCUAGUAAGCGCGCUUACUAUGAUGCGGACACCGCCGAGGCUGGCAGCGAUGAAGAGGCGCUCAAGGAGGAGGAGCAGGAGGCGCUGGCAUUGCAGCGGGCACGGGCUGCAAAGCUGGCGGCAGCGGACUUUGGACUCGAAGACCAGGACGAGGACCAUAUGGAGGAGACUGACGAGGGCGAGGAGGAUGAGGGUCCGACUAUGGGUGGCCUGGCGGCAGCACGCGCAGCCGCGGUGGAGGGUGGCAAGAUGGGGAGCGGGAAGCGACAGGGCCAGGUGGAGGUGGAGGCAGUGGCGCGCGACCUGUCCGCUCUGGGUCACGAUGCCCGGAUGUCGGCGCUGAUGGCGGAUGCCCCCGAACUGCUCAGCCUGUUGCAGGACCUGCAGGAGAGCCUCGCGGAGGUACGGCAUCGCGUAAUGCCAGUUUUGACGGAGCUGCGCGAGGGGGGUCUUGGUACGACAGAGGGCUUGUCGUACCUGGAGGCCAAGUACUUGCUGUUGCUGAGCUACUGCAUCCACAUUGUGUUUUAUCUGCUGAUGAAGGCGGAGGGUAGGCCUGUACGGGAUCACCCUGUCAUUGCCAGGCUUGUGGAGCUCCGGGCGUAUCUGGAGAAGAUCCGGCCCAUUGACAAGCAACUGUCGUACCAGAUCGACAAGUUGCUGAAGGCGGCGCAAAUGGCAUCGGCGGCACCGCAGGCCAAUGGCCGCGGGGGUUUCGCACCGGACGAGGGCCGCGACGCGGCGGUGGCAGGUCCUGGGCCGGGAUCGGCAGCUGCGGCGGCGGCUAUGGACGCUGAUGAGCUGCAGUACGGGCCGCGACCUGACGCGCUGGUGCCCAAGGUCAAGGCGACGGGUAGUGGGGGAUCCGCGGGCGAUAAUGGCACUGCAGGUGAGCCCGGGGGGUUGUACCGGCCACCCAAGAUCAACCCAACCUCAAUGGAGCUGGACGAGCAGCGGGCUGCGGGAGGGGCAGGGGCCAGGCUGUCGUCUCAGGAGCAACGCCGACUCAAGGAGCUCAAAUUCAAGGCCAAGCGCAGCGACACGCUUCGCGCCCUGGCUGCGGAGCUGGCGGGUGCCCCCGAGGAGGAGCGGGCUGCGGUGGCGGGACUGGACUCCCUGGCUGCCCUGCGCACCCGGGCCAAGUUGGAGGCGCGGGCCGCGGUGGAGGAGGACAUGUUCAUCCGUGUGCCGCUGUCCAAGGACGAGGCCAAGAGGCUGCGGCAGCAACGACGGGCGGGCAUGAGCGGCGCAGGGCUUUUGGAGGACUUUGGGGACGAGGUGGCGGACCUGGUCGACAUGACCCGUGGGUCAGCUGGCGCCGCCGGCACUUCGGCCACGGCACGUGGCAACGCGAUCAAUGACCUCUUUGCGCGUCAGAAGGUCUCACAGCGCUUUGGCGCCGACCACCCAUCGCUGUCGAAACGGCCCCAUGGCGGCGAUGAGGAUUUACCGCUGCGGGAGCCACUUCACGAGCGGCGGGCCAAGUUUGAUGCGGCGGCGGCGCGGCGAACGGCCAAGGCUGGUGCUGCAAGUGACGAGGACUUUGGCGGCGCUGAUGAGUAUGAUCUGGCUGGAGGCGCCAAGGGCGCACGAAAGCGGCGGCCGGUCGGCGAGGAGGAUGACUUCUACGCGCAGGCGAAGGCUGACGCCUCGGCACGCAAGAAGGCUCGAGCCGAGGCGCACAGAGCACCUGCGCUGGCGCCGCCGGCGCCUGAUCCGACCACCGCUGCCGCGCGCGGGAUCACGGAAGAGAUUCAGCGCAACCGCGGCUUGACGCCACAUCGCCGGCGCGACCAGAAGAACCCACGCAAGAAGAACAGGAUGAAGUUUGAGAAGGCCAUGGUUCGCGUCAAGGGUGCGGUGCAGCCUGUCCGGAAACCGGAAUCGGUGGCGUAUGGCGGCGAGGCAACUGGUAUCAAGACCAAGAUUGCAAAGAGCAGGCGACUUUGAGCGCGAACGGGGUUCUGGGGGAGGCUCGCUGGUUGGCUGGCGCUGGUGUGUCGGGAUGAGCGUUUAUUGUGCCCAAGCUGAGGGGCCAUGUAACCGUUUCUCGGAG